UUUGAUCUCCUCCUUCUCCUUCUACUUCUCCUUCUCGAUUAGUGUAAAACAAGAAGCACUAUAAGUUAAAGGUGCAAGUAGAAAUCGAUCAAGUUAAACCGCGAAGGGAGACUGGUACUUCGAGAGAUUUACGAGUAAUGGGUUGCAGUAAUGGAGAAGCUGAGGUAGCGUUGGAAAUGACGGAGAUCACCUUCGACGACGCGCUUCUUCUGGCGACGUUCUGCGCCGUGGGGCUAGCGGUCGAGGUCCAGGUCAAGGACGGCUCCGUCUAUGCCGGCGUCUUCCAUACCGCUUCCCUCGAUGAGGGCUAUGGGAUCGUUUUGAAGAAAGCGAGGAUAAUCGAGAAAGGGAGAUGUCCUAAUUUAGAAAUUGGAACUAUUGUGGAUACUCUGGUUGUGCUCUCCAGCGACCUUGUUCAAGUUAUCGUGAAGGAUUUUUGCCUUCCCAUGGAAGGGCAUAUUGAUUAUUCUGUUGGUGAUGGUUUGCGGGAAGGAAUUGAGGCAGGCAUUGGUGCUACCUCUGGGAACAUUGACAGCAAUAAAGAAAAUAUAUCUAUCAAAUUUAGUGGGGAGGCUGACAUUCAUGAGACGCAUAAUGUGAAAAAAAUGCUGAAGUCUCUGGAUAAUCAUCACGAUGAUCUUGGAGGGAAAGAUGGUUGCUUAUGCAGGGACGAGGUUGAAGAGCUAUCUUGUAGGCCUGAAGUUUCAGUUCCGGAAGGACAAGUUGGAGAUAGUGAGGUGCAUGCUGAAUCAAAUUCUAGCAACCAUAUUGAAAUGGAUUCUUCCACAAAGACAGUUGUAUGUGAAGCUGAUCAUUCUAGUUCUUGCUCCAAUAAAUCAAUAAGUGGAGACAAAAGAAGCAACAGUCCUGUUUCCUUGUCUACCAGACCGUCCUCUUCAGUGUCAUGUGAUGGUAACUCUACUUGCUCCAACAUGUCAACGUCACCUUAUCUCGCAGCUUCUGAAGGAGGCCCAUUUUGCAAUACUUGUACGAAGGAAUUUAAGCUCAAUCCAGAAGCAAAACUAUUUUUGCCAUCCUUUGCUAGUGCUAGAUCAGCCUCCGCGGUCUUCUCAACUAUUGUGAAUACAAACUAUGAGCCAAGCAUCCCUUCUGCAAUGCCUGUUGUAGCUGCACAGUCAAGCCUUGAGAUUAAUUCUUUUCCAACGUGUACGGCCCUGCCUGCUAAAUUUGUGCAGUAUAGUCCUUUGGCUGCUGUACAAACUGGAAUCAGUACGCAAUAUCCACAAACCAUAUCUGGACAAGUCGGCGCUCGACAACCAGCUAGAUUUAUUGGGCAAUAUUAUCCUACUCUUCAUACAGGAACUGCUUAUAUGCAUCAAAAUACUCAGCCGGUUAUGGUUGGACGGACAGGCCAGCUCGUAUAUGUGCAUCCCAUUUCUCAAGAUCCAAUGCAAGGAACCGCGGUUCUAUCACAAGGAUGCCCUGUGUUAACCCCUUGCCAUGCCAAUAUACCAAAACUUCAAGGUUCUAAUGCCCAGUCCUUGCAAUUCUGUAUGACACCUCCCCUUGUAACUGCUGCUCCUGCACAGCCUUUUGCCAUACCCAAUCCUAUUCCAUUCUCAUCGCUGGUUCCUGCCAUUCGACCUAUAACAGUGCCAGGUGGAAAUGGUUACUUUGGAAGCAAAUUUCAGUGACCUUCCAGCUUUCUUUAGUUAUAUUUUGUGGCAUUUUUACUUGGUUUCAUGUAUUUCUCCAAGUGCCUACUUGAAUCUUUGCUAAUUUUUAUAUCAAGCUCUCCUUAAUAGCAUUUGCUAUAAUAAGUGUGGAUGGCUACCAAAGUAUUUGUAUGAUUCUUCAACUGAAUACUUUCUGAUAGUGAUUUUAAAUGGAAUUUAUU